UGUUUUUUUGAGGUUAUGUCUCUGCUGUGUUUUGAGAUAAGUUUUUGCUGUGCAAAAUCCCCAAAAAUCCUUGGAAAUUGUAGUUAAAAUGUCCGGGAGUGUUGUGUUUCGACGCAACCGUGCCCUUGGCUAUGUUGCCAAUCACAUUCCGGCCACGGUGAAGUAUAUGAAGGGGCGAAAAAUCAACAUAAUCGUCACAUGCAUCGGACGUUCCCUCCAUGCUUACGAGUGUAAACACUUCCGCCUCAUUUCCGUGGGCAGGAUCCAUCCGGAGGACAUUACGUGCAUCUCCUCCGACAACAGAUACGUCUAUUCGGCUAGUGCUGGGAAAAUCUUCGCUUGGCGUGCUGGGAAUCAGCUCUUUCACACGUACACGGGGCACGGUGGGAAUGUUCAUCUUCUCCUCCCCUUUGGGCAGCACCUUGUAGCUGUGGAUGAGGCAAAUGUGGUGCGAGUGUGGGAUAUUGAGGGUGAGAGUGUCUACCUGGAGAUUCCAUUUGCUGCUGAACCCUUCCGUAUCACAGCUGUCACCCAUCCGGCAACGUACAUCAAUAAAAUCCUCUUUGGCAGUGAACAGGGUCUCCUGCAGUUGUGGAAUAUCAAGAGUGGCAAGCUCAUACACACCUUCCAGUCGCUACAGAGUCGUGUGGUUGUGCUGGAACAAGCUCCAGCGGUGGAUGUUGUAGCUGUGGGUCUCCAGAAUGGCGACAUAAAGCUGCUGAAUCUCAAAUUCGAUGAGAUUCUCAUGGAAUUCCGGCAGGAUUGGGGUCCAGUCACGGGGAUUUCCUUCCGCACCGAUGGGCAUCCCAUUAUGAUAACCUCCAGCACCAAUGGCGAGGUUGUUUCGUGGGAUUUGGAGAAGAAGAAGAUUGUCAAUCAACUCACAGCCCACACGCAAUCCGUUGUGACGCUCAAAUGCCUCCCGAGUGAGCCCCUCUUUGUCUCCACAUCCCCGGAUAAUUCGCUGAAGAUGUGGAUUUUUGACAUGCCCGAUGGCGGAGCGCGGUUGUUGCGCUUCCGGGAAGGACAUGCCGCUCCACCGCUCUGUGUACGCUUCCACGGAGCGACAGGAGGGAAUAUUUUGUCUGCUGGGGAAGACUCCUCGCUGCGGGUGUUCAAUACAAUCACGGAGAAGAUAAAUAGAUCCCUGGGCAGGGCAAGUUACAACCGCAAAGCAGUCAAGAAGAAUCGGAAGUACGAGGAUGUUCAUCUCAUGGCUCCCAUUGUCCAGUUCACGAGUGAAGUGACGCGGGAGAAGGAAUGGGAUAGUAUUGCUGCCAUUCACUCAGGGCUGGAUCUCGUGACAACGUGGUCGUAUCACAGCUGCAAAAUGGGUGAGCUGAAGCUGCGUCCGAAGGCUCUGGAUGAGCAGCACCGGCAGCGUCUUCUGCAAGUCGAAGCCACGUGCAUCUGCUUGACAAAUUGCGGGAAUUUCGUCGUUGUUGGGUACUCCUCAGGCGACGUGCAGCGCUUCAAUGUUCAGUCAGGACUCCAUCGUGCCACAUACGGUGCCCCUGCGCAUGAAACUGCAGUCAGGGGCGUAGCUGUUGAUGCUCUCAAUCAGUACGUCAUCUCCGGCGGAAGUGAUGGAUCCGUCAAGUUCUGGAACUUCAAGACAAACUUAAACACCUCAAUUGGAAGGAUCCGGAUGGAGGAUGGGUUGACGAUGUUCCGGGCACAUCGGGAGAGUGGAAUGAUUUGCAUCCCGCUGGAGAAUUUCAUCCUCAACAUCCUGGAUUGUGAGACAAAGGUCGUCGUGAGGAAGUUUUCAGGGCAUCGUGGCCCAAUCACGGAUUGUUGCUUCAGCCCCGACAGCCGUUGGUUGAUUUCCGCCUCCCUCGAUGGAACCAUCAAAGUCUGGGACAUCCCAUCCGCGUACCUCAUUGAUCACUUUAAGCUGGAAGUUGCCUGUGUGUCACUGACAAUGUCCCCAACGGGAGACUUCCUCGCCACGGCGCAUAUUGAUCAUUUGGGGAUUUUUCUCUGGACAAAUAAAACUCUCUUCGAUCACGUCUCCCUCCGGGCACUCAAUCCCACCUCUGAAGCCCCUCCUGUUGACCUUCCGGCGGCAACAGAGGGCGCUGAUGUGGCUCAAUUGGAUGAGGAAUUCGCACGAGCACUGGAUUUGGGGGAGGAGAUCACAAUAACGUACGAGACACCCCAUCAGCUGGAUUCCUCCCUCAUUACAAUGUCCACAGCUACGAGCAAUCGAUGGCAGAACAUCUUCCAUUUGGACCUGCUGAAGAAGCGCGCGAAACCACGUGCCCCCGUGAAAAUGGAGAAGAAUGCUCCCUUCUUCCUGCCAACAAUCCCAGGAUUGGAGUUCAAAUUUGAUCUCAGUGCUGCUGCAAAUCCCUCCGAAGGCUCCAAAGUCAUCAUUCCGAAGGAUUUCAGCAAUUUCACAACCUUCGGGAAGAUCCUCAAUGACACCGCCGGCGGAAGUUUUCAGCCGGCCAUUGAGCAUAUUGUCAAACUUGGACCAUCAAUGGUGAACUUUGAGAUAAAAUCCCUCUCACCCGAUGCUGCGGGCAGCAUAGAACUCAUGCACCUCUUCCUGGCCAUGCUGCACGAGAUGCUGGAGUCGAAUGUUAACUUUGAACUCGCCCAAUCCUUCCUGGCGGUCUUCCUGCGCGAGCACGCCGACACUGUGACGCAAUCUGAACCCCUUCGCACCAUGCUGGACUCCCUGAUGGAAGCCCAAGAGCGUGGAUGGAGGAAAGUCGAGCAAAAACUUCUCUACGGACUCGGAGUUGUGGGCAUGUUGCGAAAUUACGCUUCACUGUAAAAUAAAAAAAAACUUCUCAAAGAAAAUAAAAAAAAAAUUAUCUCAUUAA